CACAUAACUUCCCUUUCAAUCUUCUUUUAACUUUCCUUUAUUUUCUCUCUCCAAUUCCUCAAUUUUCUCACAAACCCAUUUUUUUUUAAACAACUUUUGCAUAACUCCAAAAAACUUCACACCCUUUUGCCCAUUCUUAAUUUCUCUCUCUCUCUCUCUCUCUCUCUCUCUCUGAAGAGAGAGCAAAAACUGUUAUUUGGGUCACUUUGUGACUGUGAUGAUCAUAAAGUUAUAAUCUUUUUGUGUAAAUGGGUUCUUGUUCUUCAGUUCAAAGAAAAAACAACAAAGACAACAACAAUAACAAUAACAUGAAGCUAAAGAAUGGAUUUUUUGGUUCCAAAACUGAGAAAAUUGUGAUUCCACCAUCACCCAUUAAGGAACAACCCAAAAAUGGUACCAUUAAGUGGUCACCUUCUCAGUCAACGACCAAUUACACUGAUUUUGGUAGCAAAGAAGAAGCAUUUUUUGAUUCCAAGCCUUGGAUUGACUCAGAUUGUGAAGAUGAUUUCUAUAGUGUCAAUGGUGACUUUACACCGUCUCGCGGUAACACUCCAGUUCACCACAAGUUUGCAACACCUGGUGUGAACAAAACAUCUCAGAAUAAACCUUCAUGUUCUUCAUCUGAAUCAUCACCAGAUAAGGGAAAAAAACUGUUGGAGCUAUUCAAAGAAAGUGUGAAAGAUAAUAACCAAGAUGAUGAUGGUAAAGAAAAGAAACAAGUGAAACCAACUAUACAAGAUGUUCUGCCUAAAUCUUCAAACUCAACUCCUCGUCGCUCUGCCGCUAACUCUGCUUGCAGUAGUGAAAGAAUCACGAGCGAGGAUCGUGCAUCGGUUAAGGAUCAAAAGUCACCUAAAUCUUCGGUGUUUUGUUUUCCGAGUUUGACUUCGUGCCGUAGCUUUAGAGAGAGGAGGAGUAAGACCAGUCCUGCAAUUGCCGUAGAUGGAAAAGUUUGAAUUCUAUUGCAUUGUGAUGAGAUUACAUGUUUGUUUGGUUUUCCUUUAAGGUAAAGUGGUUUAAGUGAUUUUGGUAAUGUACAUCGAUGUGCCUAUGUAAAGAAUCAUAAGCUAUAUGAAUUUGAAAGAUUGUAAACAUAAAGGGAAUAGAUGUUUUCUAUCAAAUAUGGUAUAUGUUAUGA